UAAGCAAAAGAAAAGUGUCAUUGCCAAAUUGCGGCGAGUAAACUAAUGCAGGAAAACGAUGAAUUGCAAGGUCUAUCGAUAAGCUGUUUAACUGUUGUUCGAGGCACAAUCGAAUAGUGUGGCAACGCAAAUUGCCGGCAUUUUAUCUUGCUCUUUGAUAGCAUACACAACAAUAAAGAAAUAAACAAUGCCGAAAGCGCAAGGAUAUCGCAAUAAUAAUGCGCCCCGCAAGCGUCAAGUGCAGCUGGACGAGCAAAAUCCAGUGGUGCAAGCAUUUCGCAACUAUGCCACCGAAUUGGACGGCAAACAUGAUCGACACGAACGCAUUUUGAAACUCAGUCGCGACAUUACCAUUGAAUCGAAGCGCAUUAUAUUCUUUUUGCAUUCCAUCGAUUCUCGCAAGCAGAACAAACCCAAAGUACUGGAGGAGGCAAAGCAGCGCCUAAACAAGCUCAUCGACGUCAACUUUCGUGCCAUUGCCCAAGAGCUACGCGAUCAGGAUGUCUAUCAAUUCCGGGCUGCAUAUUCGCCAGGAUUGCAAGAGUUUAUUGAAGCCUAUACUUACAUGGAAUAUUUGAAUAACGAGGACAAGGACAGUGAGCAGUCAAAGUCUAUAUCAAGCUGGACUGACUUGCAAUCGGUGAUGCAGUAUCAAGAUGAGACACCGCCACCUCAGGAAGGAGAAGCAGCAACUGAAGAAUCCAGCGAUAAAGUCGUUCAAAAAUUUCAAUUUUUCGUUGAUCCAACCGAGUAUAUUUUGGGAGUUUCUGAUUUAACUGGCGAAUUGAUGCGUCGCUGCAUCAACUCCUUGGGUAGCGGUGACACCGAGACCUGCAUGGAAACCUGCAAGGCAUUGCAACAAUUCUAUACCGGCUACAUCAGUUUGAACUGUCAACGGGCUCGUGAAUUAUGGCGUAAGAUUACCACCAUGCGGCAGUCCAUGUUAAAGACCGAGAAUGUUUGUUAUAAUGUCAAAGUUCGCGGUGGCGAGGCAGCAAAAUGCGCUAAUUUCGAUCAUAAGCCGACAGAGGAAACAGAUGAAGGAUUCAGCAUUUAUUAAAUGUUAUCACUCAGAAAAAAAUCCAUUGAAAACUAUUGAAAUAUGUCUAAAAUUAAAAAGAAACUGAAAAUAU